AUGUCGGGUGUUCCAUGCAAGCUGCUCUGUCACACUAAUCAUGUUUCUUUAACGUGCCUCUUCUUGUUAUUGAUGUACUGUGGUUGCACUGGAGCCGGGCACAGUGUGACACCAGCAAGCAAUAGGAACAGCCUCCACAGUAACAAUACUCACAGCAGUACUACAGUGUUGCCCCAGGGUAGCACCACUACAUCAGGAUGUGACAAGAACUCUAGCUCCUGUAACAAUAACACCAACAUUCACACGUCCAAGUACCACAACAUCAUGAGGCAAAUACAAAACAACAAAGGAAUGUUACUGAGGACUUUAUAUGUCCUGAUCGGGGUUACAUCUGUAGUGGUCAUUUAUUUCGCUGUUAAAGCUGUCCGGUUACGCCGUCGUCGAAGCAAGUCAAAGAACCUAAGUAACAGGGGUAUUUCCCCCACAGAAAUGUCCAAUGAAGAGGUCCUGCCCAAAAACAAAAGCUUAAAAAAAAAAAUGUAA